AUGCUUUCUAAAAAGAAAGUUAACAAAGAAAAUCAUCAGGAACAACAAGUGCCGAUUAAAAAGUCAAAAAAACAUUUUGAGAGUAUAACAAUUCAACCAACAUUCGAACAAACCAAAAUCAACCUCAAUGAAUUGUUUAACGACGAAAUUAAACAACGAGAAAAAGAAGUGUUAGAGAAACUGAAUUAUGUACAGAGUGAUACAAUUAAAUUGCAAACCUCAAGAGAAAAACUUCAAAAAUUAUCAUCAUUUGUUGAAAAACGUUUUAGUGAAUUACGUACAGAUAAAUCAAAUCCAGGUGUUGAUAAAUUACAAAUAUUAAUCGAUAAAAAUGAUCGAUUAUCACGUAUCAAUCCUGAUCGAACGUAUGUUAUUGAACAUUUACAAAAUGCUUCUAGUAUAUUAAACUGA